AUGCUAUUACGAUUAACCCGCCACAAUCAUAUAUGGAAAUCAAGUAAGCAUGCAUCAUACCCCACAAACAAUUCCACCCCAAUCCCAAUCACACAAUCAAUAUUUCUUCUUCCCCUCAAACAAAACCUCCCCACAAAAUGUCUCUCCUCUCCCUCUCCCAACCCCCCAACCCCCCACCCUCCCAAAUCCGCCGCUCUCAACCUCAACACCGCCGUGAUCAUCGCCGCGGCCGCCUGCGCCUUCCUCUGCGCCGUCGGCCUCAACUCCACGCUCCACCACUGCCUCCUCCAGUGCCUCCAGCGGGCUCUCGCGGAGCCCGUUGGCUGGCUCCCCGCCCGGGGGCUGAGGAAGAGGGACGUCGUGGCGCUGCCCACAUCGCUCCAUCGUCCCUCUUCCUCGGGCUUGGUCGGGUGCGCCAUCUGCUUGGCGGACUUCAGCGAUGGGGAGAGCGUGAGAGUGCUCCCGAAAUGCGGGCAUGGAUUCCAUUCCGCUUGUGUGGAUAAAUGGCUGCUGUCGCAUUCGUCUUGUCCUGUUUGUCGAGUUUGUAUCGAGCCGCCGCGUGCUGCGACGUCGGUUUGAUUUGUCGUAGGUUGUUGUGAGGAGUACUCUGUUUUUUUUGGAGGUAUUAAUAGUAAUGUGAUGUUGACUGUUCUGUACUAAUCAAUCUAAUUUGAGUGAAUCUCUAAUUGCAAUU